GCUUGUCAUUUUGCAUUACCAAAAAAACCCAAAAGCAAGCCCACAACACAGCACUGAAAAUCAAGUACAAAAACAAGAACAAUUCAACUAAAUCCAACUCCAAAUUUUGGAAAUUUUACUCAUUUCUCCUCUUACGGCAACUCUAAUAAAUAAGCCAAACAUGUCAUUUUAGAGUCAAACUUAACUGAACUUGGCUAAACUCUACACUAUACAUUACCCACAACGCUCUAGGGUUUUCAACAGUGAAUCCCCUUUCUUCUUAACUUUUUGGGAAUAUGUGAGAUCUCUGCUGACUUACAAUUAGAAUAAAGGGAAUAGUAUCUUCAUGUAGAAUGGCUACAGAGAGUCUGAUUAGAAUCUCAGAAACAAGUGCAAAAUGGCCCGCCCCAAAGAAUGCUGCGACAUUUGCACCAUCUUCUUCCAAUAUGGCAGUGGAGGAGUUAGGAUUGCUUCCAAAGGGUCAUAAUGUUCAUGGCAGUGGGAGAAAUGCUGUGCCUGAUAGGAGUGGAAGUGCUCCUCCCAACAUGGAGGGUUCCUUUGUGGCUAUAGAUAACCUUAUAUCCCAGCAGAGCUCUGGUUUGAGUGUGAGCUUUGCUAGCUUAGAUGAGAUUUUAAAAAACUGUGUGUCCGAGGAGUUCUUACAAACUGAUCCAGCGUAUUUAACAUGUUACCGAUCCAAUGUCAACCUUAACCCUAGGCUUCCUAGACAUCUUUUUCACCGUAUGAAUAGAUUUGGAAAUAAUAGGGGUUCAACUUCUUUGGAUGAUUUUGCUAAUAGUUCCUCGCAUUUAUCUCAAGUUUCCCUUUCUACGCACAAUGAAGAGUCUGAGGACGAUCACUCUUCCCAACAUUCAUUUGAUGAUCUGGCUGGCAGGAAAAAUGGGCUCUGGUCUGGAAAGGAUGCAGCUCAAUUGUCAGGCCAAAACAAUAAUCUGGUUGAUACAAUGCUGGAAGUCUUUCCUUGUACUCCAUCACAUGCAUAUAAUCAGUCUCAUUCUUUGGGCUAUGGAAUGGCAGAGGAAGCAGUUGACCAUAUUUCUGGUUCCAGUACCUUGCAAGAUCUCACUGUUAGCUCGUCAAAUGCUGUAAGAUCUACCAUUGAUAUUGAUGAUACAGUGUUAGCAUCAAAAGCUGAUCUAUCGGCUUCCCAUAUUUCAAGCUCAUCAUCUCUGGACAGUGGAGGAACUCUACCUUUCACUCCACCUAUUCAUGAAGGAACUUUGAACAAUACAGAUGUUCAGCUAAAAAAUGAAGUCUCUGUCCACAGUGUCAGUGAUGCUGAUGUUACUAUUAUGGCAUCUCGUAUGAAGGAUCUAAAUUUGAGCUUGCAAAAUUCAGGGAAUCAAAAAAGUCAAGAUCAACACCAAGCAUGCCAACAAGAGAGCAGUUCAUCUCAAGUUCGAAGUUCUAAGUCUCAAUUAGAUUCUAAAGGAGUAAUUGGCAGAUAUGUUGGUGCGGAUCACUUUCUUCAUGGCCCUUCUAAGUUCACAACAGUGGUACAGCCGGUACUUCAGUCAUCUGGUUCCACACCACCAUUCUAUGCAACUGCAGCAGCUGACAUGACUUCAUCACAUCCAUUUUACCCUAAUGGUCAAGUCCCAGGAUUUUAUUCUCCUCAAUAUGGUCUAGGUGGUUAUGUGAAUUCCUCUGUUGUUCCUCCAUUUAUUGCUGGAUAUCCUCCCCAUGGUGCUGUUCCAUUUGUUUUAGAUGGCACUGCAGGUCCCAACUUUAGUACUCAAAUGUCUGGGGUUUCAGCUGGAGCAGGCUUAGGCUUUGUUCAUGGAUCUGAUGCACAACAUCUUAACAAGCUUUACGGGCAAGUUGGAUUUGCACUGCAACCAUCUUUUUGUGAUCUCUUUCAUUUGCCAUACUUUCAACAGCCUUUUGGGGAGGCAUAUAAUUUUACUGGUCAAUUUGACCCAUUAGCUUCCACAAGUGGUGUUUUUGGGAACCAAAAUAUUGCUCAUGACUCGAAGAAAGGGUCUGACUUAGCUGCUUCUGAUGACCAGAAAUUCCAACAUGAGAGAAGUGCAGGACCAAAGAAUCCAAACUCAGGUAAAGGGGUGAUUAGUUCUCACUAUUUGGGGAAUCCAACACAUAUGGGCAUUUCAAUGCAGUACACUUCUUCACCAAUUGCUAGUCCAGUUUUUCCUGGAUCACCUUUAGUGGGGACUGGAUUUCCUGGUGGCAGAAAUGAUAUGAGAUUUCUCCCUGGUUCUGGCAGAUAUUCUGGUUGGCAUGGGCAAAGGGGAUAUGAGAAUUAUAAUGAUCCCAAAAUCUUUAAUUUUCUUGAAGAGCUGAAAUCUGGCAAAGGUCGAAGAUUUGAGCUGUCUGAUAUUGCAGGGCAUAUUGUUGAAUUUAGUGCUGACCAACAUGGGAGUCGAUUUAUUCAGCAGAAGUUGGAGAGUUGUAGUGGUGAAGAGAAGUCGGCUGUAUUUAAAGAAGUUCUUCCUCAUGCUUCCAAACUUAUGACUGAUGUUUUUGGUAAUUAUGUUAUCCAGAAGUUCUUUGAGUAUGGAAGCUCUCAGCAGCAGAAGGAACUAGCAAAUCAACUUGUAGGGAAGAUCUUGCCUUUAAGUCUGCAAAUGUAUGGCUGUCGUGUAAUCCAAAAGGCACUUGAAGUUAUUGAGCUUGAACAGAAGGCACAGCUUGUCCAUGAACUGGAUGGGCAUAUCAUGAGAUGUGUGCGCGAUCAAAAUGGCAAUCAUGUAAUACAAAAAUGCAUUGAGUGUAUCCCAACGGAGAAAGUUGGGUUCAUUAUUUCUGCUUUCCGUGGCCAAGUUGCAACACUUUCUAUGCACCCCUAUGGUUGCCGUGUUAUUCAGAGAAUUUUAGAACAUUGUACGGAUGAGUAUCAAUGCCAGUUUAUUGUGGACGAGAUCUUGGAUUCUGUUUGUGCUCUUGCUCAGGACCAGUAUGGCAAUUAUGUUACCCAGCAUGUAUUGGAGAGGGGAAACACUGUUGAAAGAAGCAAAAUAAUUGGCAAAUUGUCUGGGCAUAUUGUACAACUGAGCCAGCAUAAAUUUGCAUCAAAUGUCAUUGAGAAAUGCUUGGAGUAUGGAGGUAUUGCCGAGCGGGCUGUAAUUAUUGACGAGAUUGUUGGACAGAAUGAGGGAAACGAUAAUUUAUUGAUAAUGAUGAAGGACCAGUUUGCAAAUUAUGUUGUCCAGAAGAUUUUUGAAAUAUGCACUGACAGUCAACAGGCCAUGUUGCUUAGUCGUAUUAGAGCACAUGCUUAUGCUUUAAAGAAGUAUACUUACGGGAAACACAUUGUUGCUCGGUUUGAAAUGCUGCUAGAAGAUAAUCAGUCAUCAGGAUCAUAAUGUCAACAUGCCAUGAUCGUACUCGCCCCAGCCCCAGCCCCAGCCCCAGCCCCAGCCCCAAGCAUUGGUGUAUGAAAGCAGGUGACUUAAAACAAUUGAAGAAGGCUUUCCUGUGACUAAAGCACAUGCAAUUUGGUGGUAUGUUAUGUUCCAGGAUUUGAUGAAGCAGUGAAUAUGUAAAUAUUACAAAGGUGUGGUUUAUGCAUCUGAAAUACAAUUAUUGAUUAUGAAAAUAGGUUUGAUUGGUGGGUUAUAUAAGUGAUAAGAUAUUAUUUAGAAAGAAACCUGUAAAUUGUGUUGUUUAUGGAACUGGGAAUGUUAAGGUAGAAUUUACUUUGCUAGAAAUACAAAGUAGAAAGGUUGGAUAUGA